UCGUUCCACUCACUGCAGAGGGGCGUUUUUAAUGCAUCCAUCAGGAGCCUGGUGCUCAGUGUAGCAGAAUUGCAGUGCACUGGACUGGACAGAGCCGGGAAGCAUCCAUACUGUCAGUGAGGGUGGGGUCCGGCUGCACUGAGAGACAAAACACACACGGAGGGAAAAAGGAAUAAGGAGAGAAGAGGAGGGCGAGCACCAGAAGAGGAACACAACAAGGGAUGAAAGGAGACACCCCUGUGAACAGCACCAUGAGUGUCGGUCAGGCAAGGAAGCUGGUGGAACAGCUGAAGAUCGAAGCUAGUUUCUGUCGGAUCAAGGUAUCGAAGGCAGCCGCGGACUUGAUGGCUUACUGCGAUGCCCACGCCUGCGAGGACCCCCUCAUCACCCCUGUGCCCACCUCAGAGAACCCCUUCAGGGAGAAAAAGUUCUUCUGUGCUCUCCUCUGAGCGCCAAAGCAACAAGAAUCGAAUUAGCCUCAUUUAGAUGAUUGAUUUGUGUAUGCUCAUCUCACACACACACACACACACACAUAUAUAUAUAUAUAUACACAACACCAAAAAUGUGAGUUUUAAAUUUCUGGUUCUGGAAUUUGAUUAUUUGACCGUGGUCAAGGCUAAACAUCCAUAACGUGUGAGGACAUUUUGUGCUACGCUGUUUUUCGUGUUCUAUGAGAGACACUAAGUCUCGAUUUUAUUAGGCAGGUGUGCAUUAGAUAGAAAGUAAUGACACAAAUAUAACUAUACUAAAUGGUGUAUAUGGUGAACACACACAUACUACACGCACAUAUGCAAGCACAUGAUUUUUCUAACCAAUGAAAAUGAAAAGUUUUACGGUUGGAUGUUUUAUUAUUUCAACUAUUUCAAUUACUACACAUUUAAGUAAUAUGUAUAUUGCUUUUAUCCCCCACACAGUAUACAAUCGUGAUUUAUAAAUUCUGUACGUUUUGGGUUUUUUAAUCUUCUUUUUAAGUGGCUCUGUAUUCGGAAAAGGGUACGAGAGGUUGAUUUUCGGGAACUGGCCAAGUGGGAUGCAUUGAUCUACUCAAUAAUUACACUUAAAAAUCAUCUGAAACAUAUGCUAAGGGGUUUUCAAAGUGAAAGGAAAGGAAAUAGCUAUCAGUGAUCUUAUACGCAGGAUGGAUUCAGAAUAGAUGACUGUUAGCUAAAAAAGUUCACUUGUUUAAGAGCCCAAGCAACUGUAAAUCAAAAAAAAAAAAAAAAAACAGCCUUGUGAUCCAAUCUGGGGUUUUGCAAAAAUACUGCAGACAAAAUUAAAUGAAAAAUAAAAAUAUCACCAAGAAA